AUGGAUGUUAAGGCUUCUACUGCUAAAGUUUGGAAGAGACCUGUUAUGGUGUCUAGUUUCUCCCCUAAGUCUAACAGGUCCUUUUCCUUCAAAUUUGGUUUUGAAAAAGAGGUGGAUAAGGUUUGGGUCCUGGAGAAUAAUUCUUGGUGCAUCAAUGGUGAGCGUCUCACUCUUAAAGACUGGAAGCCUGAUCUGAACCAUGUGAGUUGUGUUGCUAGUGAAACUUCUUUCUGGAUCCAAAUCCAUCAACUACCAUUGGAAUAUUUUUCUCAUAACAAUGCUUUAAUCUUGGGCUCCCUCGGUGGUAAUGUACUGAGAGUGGAUUUUGAUGAGGAAAGACCAGUGUCAUGGGCCAAAUGGCUUAGAGUUAAGAUUGUGUUCUCCACUGUAAAUCCUCUUUUCCCCUGGUGUUUCCUAAAGAAACUAAAUGGCGACAAAGUGUGGCUUCAAUUUAAAUAUGAGAAAUUGAGUAACUUUUGCUAUUGUUAUGGGAGACUCGGUCAUUAA